CACAACACACACACACACAAUCAGAGGCCCGCCCUCUACCGUCGGUCAUGGUAAAGUCUAAUAUCUGCUAUUCAUAGGGGGCGGUGAAACAUGCAAUUAUAAUUAAUAUUGUGGAUUAAAAAAUGUCCAUGUUUGUAAUUAAUUCGUCCUUGUUUGUACAUUUUGUUUAUUUAAAUUUUGCAGGGUCGCGUCCUGCCGCUGUGGACUGAUGCUUUUGGGUUUGCCUCGCUCUGUGCACUACCCCGACAACCCGUGCGGUGAUGGCGAGGAAACCCCGUUGACAAGGCACUGCUUUUUCAUGACGCCCAUCCUGUUACUGGAAACAAAAGGGUGUUAAAUGACUGAAUCCAUGCUACCUGCUGGAAAUCUGUGAGUGAGAUGUCCGUAUUACUAAAAUGAUAAACAAAGCCCGUACAGAUCCCACCCUCUCUCAGAAUAAAAACAAAAACCAAGUGAUCAAUUGAGGUUUACUCCUUUUUUUUUUGUCUAUUUAAGCUAUUACCUACAAUCUAAUCUUCAGUAUAUAUGAAACUUCUCUCUAUACUCAUAACCCCCACUGUACUCUUCUAGGUGUCAUGGAUGAUGAGGACGAUCGCCGUCUUCUGGAUAUUUUAGGAGAUGUGGAUGCAUUGAAUGACUAUCUCCAUGGCAGCAACAGCAAGUCCAUUGAAGAGGACGAUGUGACAAAUGCAGCCUACGGGUCAGAUGGAUCCCUCUUCGCUAGUGACACGACUGGCUCCAACACGGGCCUCAAGGAUGGCUCUUCUACAAUGGGUGAAUUUGGCGACGAUUCAGCCGGGGAAGGCCUCCAGCUCUCCAGCAGCCUUUCAUUUAUCGAGGAUGAAUUGGGGACCGGGACGUCGCCUGGAGGGGUUGGUCUUGGCGGAGAGGACCAGCCGUUUGACAUCCUCCAGAAGUCGCUCCUGGAGGCCGACAUCACGGAGCAGACGCUGGCCCAGGAGGCCUUACUAGACUCCCAGCCCGCUCCCACUCUCGUGCAGGCUCCUGUUCCCUUCCCCUCCCAGCUGGUCUCUGGGGGUUAUGGAGGUGGAGUGGGUGUGGUUACCACGGCGACAGCUGCGUUCCCUGCUGGCCAGUUCCUGCAAGGGAUGUCCCAGCUGCCCAAUGGCUCCGCCCAGCACAUCCAGGUGUUGGGCUCGUUCGGGGCAGGCAGUGGGGUGAUGACUCUGAGUAGCUUGGAGAGAACUCCUCAGAUUGUGCUAAGGCCGGGGGGGCCUGUAGCUGCAGCAGGGGCCCCAACAGGGGGGCAGGUGUUUGCCCCUACCCAAGGGCAGGUAGGCCAAGUUGGCUUACCUUUCAAAAACAUCCCUCUUCAAAACAUCAUCAUUCAAAGAGGCCCGGGAGGGACCCAGACUCUUGUCAGACCUAUCCAGCCUAAACCCCAUCAAGCUGGGGCACAGACUGUCUACAGCCUUGGUCUUCAGCCCACUCCCACCACCAUGGCUAAUGUAGUUAACGCUAACACAGCUACUUCUGGAGGACACUACGCAGCCAAUGGCUCCAUUGUAGUGCAGCCUCCACUUGAGCAGCAGCAAUUGCAGGCCCAGACAAAUGUACCACCUGGACAGUUUCUGCUGCCCAGCUCUCUGGCGCUCACUCAGGCCAAUGCUAUCCACAAUGGCCCCACUGACCCCAACUCCAACACUCUAAUUACCAAUCAGAACGCGGUGCAGAUUGUUGCGGGACAAAACUUCAGUGCACCACCAGGAGGGCAGCUAAUUUUGAAUCAGGGAGUGGUCAGUGGCAGUCAGGUUGGUGGGGCUGCAACUCAAACAUGGACAGGAGUUUCUUGUGCAGGCGCCACCUCCGUGCAAACUUCAUGUGCCCCCGGGCGGCUGACACUGGUUGGCCCGGCGACAACGGGGAUCAGCAGUCAAGGCCAGGUGUCAGCUAGCCCUGUGCAGCGCCUCAUAGUGACUCAAACUCAGAACUGCACUUCUUUGUCCCCUUUAUCUGGUACGGUGACACAGGAACAAGACUAUAGACAGAAUUCUUCAUCACCUGCUCUCAAACAGGACAGACCAGUUCAGCUCAGCAGCAUCCAUGCCAUGAAAACCAUGACACAGGAUUCAACCCUAAACUCUCAGGUCAGUGCACAGAAGAGGCCUGCCCCACCACCGCUUACAAGAGGAGGAAUGAUCUUACAGCAGCUGAGGAAGGAUCACAUCGGAGUUCAGGCAUCAGAUAGAUGUCGAUUCACGUCGAUCGAUGACGCCCUGCAGAGACUCCUCCCUUACCACGUGUUCCAGGGGACGGCGCCCAGCCACGAUGAGUUCUCACAGGUGGAUGAGGAAUUUGAGUUAGUAGCGACUCAUGUGCUGAUGAGGACUCAAGCCAUGGUGAACAAGUACAGGCGACUACUGAUGGUGGAAGCUGAGGUAGGCGCACACCGUUCCAGUCCAUCAUCGGAAAUGGUGAUGAUCGACAGGACCUUCAACCAAGAGGAGCGAAGCAACUUGACACAAGACAAACGCAUGGUACUAGUGGAUCCAGACAGCUUCAUGGAGGACUUCUGUUGUGGGGUGAAAUCCAAACUUUUCAAAGAUCCCCCCCCUUCUCAGUCACCCAGCUGUAGCUGGGAUCAGUCAGACAGAGGCUCUACGCAGCCAUCAUACAGGACAGACUCCCAGGCCGGGUACGGAGACCCGGGAGGGGGUGGGGCAGUGGGGACAGCUGCAGCAGACACACUCCACCCUCCGCACGUAGAAAACAAGAGCGUCCUGGAUCUGAAGAGAUCCCAGCAACGCUUCGGGCCCAGUGGCAGCAACCACAGCCUCAUCGCUGCCAACAGUUAUCCCCAAGGUAACCACUCACCGUUUGCAGCGACGUCAGGAGGACAGACGCACUACCAGGCGUCUCAACACCUCUCAUCCAACCCCAUCCAGCCUCUCAGUUCCCCUCCGCUCACCUCACCCCCUCACACCGACACCGACUCCGCUCUAGAGGCGGCCGUCAACAGCAUCCUGGAAUGUUAAGACUGUCGAAAUGUCGCUCCACACCAUCCCCUAACGUAUGGUUCAGACUUCUUUUAUUCGUCGUAAAAAGUUGUUGUGUUCCCCAACAAACCCCUGUGUGAAGAGAGGUCAACUCUUCUUUCAGGCGUAUAUUCUUUGUGAUACCAUCUCCGACCAUGUAGCAUGUUUUGAGUUUGUUAAUUUUUGAGGCGUGACGAAGGAGUCAAGCUGCUAGUUAAAUACAGGCACUUAAUAUUCACCUAUAAAGAUCCGGGAAUGUGUGCAAUGCAAUGAACUAACAGAUGGAAGGUGUUGGUUUUGUAUAUUUUAACAUUAUCUUUUUUUUUUUUAAGGGGGGGGGGGGGGUCAGCAAAAAAAAGUUGCAGCCCUGAAUGCAAGAGCGCUCCUCUCUUCACACACACACACACGUAAAACUUUGUGCCAGUUGAUUACCCACCACUACCUAUGCUGAAGAACAGGGAUGAGGAGGGGGAGACUAAAUGAUGACUCUGUGCCUAAUUCUAGGUUGUUGUUUUUUUAAAUGUUUUUUUAUUUUUUGAAGUGUUUACAUGAAGAAGCUCUAUUCAAACAUACAUACAUAUACAUAUACAUAUAUAUAUGUAUACACACACACACACACACACAAACACAUUAACUCACUUCCUUCCUGCAUUACAACCACACACACACACACACACACAGCUCACAUACAUUUGUACAACGUGUUAAAUAGGUUUACGGUUCAGAGGUGUAGAUUUCAUUUAAGGCAAGCCCAGCAGAAACACAUAGACAAAUUGCACUAUAUGUAUGUGGCUUAUUUCAGGAACUAUAUAAAAUAUAAUAAUACAAAUUGAGGCUUUUUUGACUCAGCUAAACAGAAUGUUAAUAUUUGGAUCAGAACCAAAAGAAAUCUAUUCACCUGCUUUCCUCCGCCUGCAAACAAGGAUAACCUCUUCCUCACACUAGAAAGCAGUCAAACUAGUCACAUUAGACGUCAUAUAAAGUAGUGUUACUGUACGCUGCAGCGCUUUGUUUUUUUCUCUCUCUUGUGCUUAAGUCACAUUUUCUUUGGCAUUUUUUCUUUUGUACCUUAAAGGUAUGCGAGCCCCUACACAGACACAAGACGAGACACAUCACUUUCAAACCACUUUAUCAUUUCAGUGUGUUUGUGUUAGGGGGAGCCAAGUCCUCAGAUUGAGGAAGAUAUGUUACAAUAUGUUUUAUCUUUUUAAAUUUCCUCAGUUUUCUUCUUCUUUUUUUUUUUUUUUAGAAAUGACACUGUUUUGUUCAUUAUGAUGUGUUCUCCGGCUUUGUGAACAUGACUUGAUUUGUUUAAAAAUGACGCUGGAGGGUCAUUGAUUGUAUGUGUCUGUCUGCCUUUUUUUUUUGCAUAUAAUUAUAUAUUGAUCAUAUCUGUCUAUCUAUGCUUUACUACCUUGACAUGUCUAUCAGUGUGUGUGUGUCAAUCUGAAUACACACACACACACACAGGUUUAUGACUGAUUUCAUGUAGUUUGGUUGUUUUGAUUGCCAUACUCGAGUAUUUCUUUCCCAAGAUGUGUUUUAAAAAAAAAAACAAUUCAUGUCUUUCCAUUGAAGCAUUUCUCACAUUUUUCGCUCUUUUCCUUCUCAGCAGCGCAACCAAAAUGAACAGGAGAGAGUGCGGUCCGGUCCAGAAUCAACCUCAGACCCUUAUGUCCUUUACUCAUGCCCCUAAUCUGACUAUAGCACCUAUUGUGUUCAGUGUUUUGAGUUUUCAUUAAUUUUUAAAGCCAAAACUUAACUUUUUAAAAUAUUUAAUUCCACUUAAGAACAAAUCUUAAAUAUUUUCCCUUGUUUUUUAAGUUCAUGGAUUGUCAUUUUUGGGAAUAUCUCCUCAGAAAUCUGCACUUAUGGUUUAUGCAAGCAAGAGUGGUUUCUGCCACAACUGCCACAGGACCAAAUCACAGGUUAAAAAUGUGUUAAAUGGCUCUCGGGGGUUGAUUCUGGAUUGUGCAACAUUUCCUCCUGCAAAUGUAUCUGUGAAAUAUGCCUGCCAAUACGCUACAAGAGCAGACUGAAGGCCUUUUUAUAAUGGAGUGAUGAGAGAAUGCAUCUUUUUUUCUUCCUCUUUUUUUUGUGUUAGGGUGCCAGUGGCCAUUGCCGCCUACCUGUAUCUCUGCCUCAGCUCCUAGUAGACUUCUUUUAUCUACCAGUGUACACUGAGAAAACUUUUCUCUGCUUUGAGAAGCAAUUUCAAAUGUCACACGUAAGGGUCAAGUGAGAUUUGUGAGUUGCCGCUUUAAGUGGUUGCUGCAAGAUUUAGUGCCUCUAUAGCACUCAUACCUGCAAGAAAAAAAUAGUUUUAGAGUUCAGUGUAGGAGAAACUUUGUUAUCUGGAUGCAUAUCAGUGUCUGAGGGCCUGGUAGUAACAUACUGUGCUUUUCUCACCCGUUUUCAGUGCAGAUAUUUUUUUCUGCCUCCAUUUUCACUGUUGUCUCACUUGAUAUGUAUAGUUUGUUGUUUUGUAUAAAAAUGAAAAGUGAAACAAAAUAUUUAUAAUUUUUGUAUGGAGAAAAAAAGAAUGUAAAACAAAAAAAACAAAAACAAAACGUGAGAAAAUGGAAAUUAUUUUUUAUUGUGUUGGCUAAAGAAGCGGCGCCAGGAAAAACUUGUCACAAAAAAACAAAAACAAACGUCAUUUUCUUCAUUUGUAGCUAAUGUGUGUUCACUACAGCAGCAAGGAGAGUCAACAAUAAAUUCAUUUUUGAAUACAACAUCAAACUGGUCCAGUCUGGCUGAGAACCUCCUUCAGCGACCCUCCAUUACUAUUCUGUGAGUGUUCAUACUGGCACUGAUGAACUAAGCAUGCAUAAUAACAUCAUGUGACAAGGGGGGGAAGCAUUUGCAAAAGAAAAACACGUUUGUAAUCCUCUGCUUCACAGAUAGGAUCAUUUCACAGAUACAGAUCUCAGGACAUUUUGAUGAUUUCAUGUUUUUCAACAUCUGGGCUGCAAGCGAAAUAUUUUUAUCAAGUUAAAAAUCUGUUAGUUCCCUUUAAUCCUCUCUCAGACCCCAGCAGCAAUGCCUCACACACACACACACACACACACACACACACAAAGGAGCUAAGAAAACUCUGCAUAGCAAGCGUUAGACUGCACAACCCUUUUGGGUUUUGGUUGCACGACCCAACAGUGACACCUAGUGGAGCUCCUGGGACACACAUGGGGAUUUUAACAUCUAACUGACUCCAAAAUAAGUUUUACUCACAGAAACACCUAAUGGAAAGUCAUUUUAAGUAGCUCUCUUAAGAACA